UGUGGGGACGAGGGGGAGGAGCGGGGCCCUGGGGCUCGCGGCUUUGUCCUUACGGAAAGUGGGAGUCCGAAGAGGGAAGCGAGGAGGCAUUCGGGACGUACCCGAGAUCAGCCCCUCUGUUGUGCUCUGGUUACGUCUUUUCAAGGAGUGGCUGUUCGCAGCCUCAGCACAUCCUCCCCUCACGAACACCCAGAACACGGAAGAUUAGUUUAUAAAGGAAAUUUGGCAAAGACAGUGUUAGGUGUGAGGUUUUUCUCUUACUCCACCAGUGUAUUCAACCUGUUCAUGAUGCCCUACAUCAUGCUCAAAAGUGGUAUUGGAGUGGAAAGUCUGCUUAUCCAAGCUGCCUUUUAUGGGGUGAUCGGUUUUUUUACGUUUGUAACUCCGAUAACUUUGCAUAUCCUUACAAAAGGUUACGUGAUCCGACUCUAUUACAAAGAUGAAAAGGACACCUAUACAGCCAUUACCUACAAUGCCAUCUUGGCAGAAAAAGCAACUGUUUUCCAUCAGAAAGAUGUAAAGAUUCCAGACAUCACCAAGAUGUUUACAACAUUUUAUGCCAAAACAAAAUCAAUGCUUGUUAAUCCGACGCUUUUUCCGAAUCCUCAGGACUAUAACCAUCUCAUGGGCUAUGACAAAUCUCCCCUUUUUAAGUUAGAGGAGUUAAAGGAAGCUGAUGAAAGGAAAUAAUUUGAAGAUAAUGGAUAUCAGUAUCAUUGUUCUUAAUGCAGUGCUAUGUAUGUAAAAGAAUGUAAAAUUCUACUACAGUUUCUUAAGUCAGGUAGCUGGAGUUUUCCAAAUGCAUUUUGGAAUGUAUUAAAAGGACACUUUUUAAAAAUAUUAUAAACAAUGUGACGGUUUCUUCAGAGUUAAUAACAUAAAAUGUAGUAAAAAAAGGGUGCUUAGAUCUGUCUUGCACUUGUUUAUUCUUGGCUUGAUUUUUAUUGUUAGCUCUCCAGAGAACUGUAAAAUGCAUGGGCUGUGGGGCAGUGUCACCAUCUCCAUGUCAAAGGAAACCAUCCUUAAGAGAAAAAUGGUCAGUAGUCGUUACCUAUGAAGUAUGUAGUUAAUCUCUUAAGCCUUAAUUAUUGUACUUAAUCUAAAAGUAUCAGGCUUUUUUGUCAAUGCUGUUGGUGGUGUAAAGGGAGUGAAGAUGGCUUUUCCUUCCCUUUGUGAGACCUUUGAGGAGUCUUUGGAAAGCAGACAGGUAUUCUUGCUAAUUCCAGCUACAGCCUCCUCCUGGAGGAGAGAAGAUAGGGAGAAUGGCUGCAUCACAGUAAUCUCUGGGUACUCACAGCUACUAAAUGGUUUCUUAAGGUGGAGUCCCACUCCAAGCAACCCUGUCCCCAGAAGUGGAGAGCAAGAAGCCUCUCUUUGGUUGGGCCUGGGAAAACACCUUGGCAUAAGGUUUGCUCUGGGAAUAUCCCAUCGAGAACAGGUGCUGCAUUUGAACUGGCUCAAAUAAAAUUCUACCAGCUAGUGGUUAAAUUGGAUUCUGUCAGCAUUUAUGUAAGGUGGGGAAGCAAAACAGAGUAUCCUGUAGAAUACUGUUUAGAUCUUGUGUCUUUAAAAACCAUACUUCUUGAUUUUCAGUACUGCUAAGAAGGCCACCUCUAGUUCAACUGAACAGAGGAUCAGAUCUUUUCAUGCGACUAGACCGGUUCUGCAUGCCUGAGGAUGCAGAAGUUGGAUUUAAAUUUUUUAGCCCAAGGCACAUAAACUGACAGACACUUGUUUUCAAAUAAUGAAGGGCCUAAGUAUUUUGAGACUUAAAAUUACUGAAUAAAAAAACCCCCAAUAAUUCAAAUUAGUAUUUUUGUGUUAGCAGUGCCUUUUGUAAUAAGUAAAUCUGAUGGUUGGUACUGAUUAAGGUAUCCUGAUACUGCAAGCAAAGGGAAAGUUAUUAUAGUUACCAUUCAAGAUGUUCCCUUAGUUCUAGCUGAAAAUAUGUGUUUAAAAGUCUAAAUGUCUUCCAAUGCAAUUAUUUCAGUUUCAUGUCGUAGGAUGACACUACAGAUCAUAUUAAAUCACUGUUUCUGAAUGUUGUUUUUCUAACUGUUGAAAUUGCCCUCAGUGUAGUUGCUGAGUGAUUAAAAAGCAAAUCAUCGGAUCACAAUAUUUUUGAGGCAGUUCUUUGUGUUGACACAGCUAUAAUUGUAAAAGCCUGAUUGAGCCCCAUUAAGCCAGUAUCACUUCAUGGGUAGCAAUAAUAUAAAAAAGAUUACAUGGAACCUCUGAGGUCAGUAACAAGCAAUUCUGAUCACCUGGUUGUACUACUUAUGGAAAUGAUGCUUUGCAUCUAAUUAAAAAUACUCUUUCCGUGUC